AUGGCUCCGGACCUCAAUUCUGUUCCUCCAUCUCCAAGACCCCUUUCUUCCCCACGUCUCACCUCCACCAGCGCAUCGAGAAGAGCUUCUCAACAAUUGGCUCCUCCAGCUAUUGCUCCGAGUUCUCUUAAUAUCCUCCCUUCGAAUCAAAAUGCCGUCAACCAUACAUCUCCUCCCUCGGCCUCGCCGAAUAUGCCAACAACUGGCGGAUCAGCAGGAGGAAUCGCUGCCGACAACACAGGCGUAGGAAUAGGACCUGGGCCAUUAAGACACCCUCGUCCUUUGACUGCCGCAGAUUUGCAUCUGCAGCUAGAAAAGGAGCAGGAGGCAGUCGUUAAUCGACUAACCCGCGAACUUACUACGCUUCGAGCAGCCCAAAAUGCCUCCGUCGUCUCCAACGCCUCUUCCACUUCGACCGGCCUCCCAGAUUCCGCAGAUCACAACGCAAACCAUCUCCUCUCCGGCCCAAGCCAUCCCACACCCUCACAGCGCCGACACCACCGUUCCUCCUCUAGUACAAGUACACGCAGCAUUACGACAGGUACAGCUACCAGCGUCAGUACCGUCGGUGGCAUAGCAGGUAGUCUCCAAUCCUCAACCGCAGACCGAACCCGGGGCAACAUUCCCCGCCACGACUCAAUCCCUCAAUCGCAAUCCCUCUCUCGCCAAAACUCCAUGACUGGUUCUCGACGCAGCGGUGCUUCCAGUCCCGCCCCCAUAAACUCUGCACAAUCAAGCUACCAAAACCCCGAUCAUUUCUCCUACUUCUACGGACAGCGGCCCAGCUUGCCCCAAUACCGCGAACCGUCUUCGGGGAAUCUAGCAGGGUUAGUAGGCAAUCCUGCAGGUGGAGAAGGACAUGGAUACGGACAUAGACAUCGUUCAGAUUCUGUCACGAGUGUUCAGACAACAGGACGAUACGAGGAGACGGCUUACCACCGACAUGAGCUCGAUGCCGUCAAGCGCGAAAACGAGGCUUUGAAGCGACGAAUCCGGGACUUAGAACGUACACUUAGGGCGAGAAGACCUAGUGAUGCCAGUAGGACGAGAAGUGAAAGCGUAUCUACUACGGCGAGCGUUAGGGAUAGGGAGGUCAGUGGGGUAGGGAGGGGAAGAGAGCGAGAGAAGGAGGGCGAGGAAGAUGUUAGGGUUGGGGAGAGUGCAAGGAGUGCCGGCGUUUUGAGAUGA